CAAAUGGCUUUCUUCAUUUCAAGUUUAUUUUUUCUAUUAACUAUCUGCACGACAACACAAGGAAACGUUCGACUUGUAUGCCCUGAACCCAUUAGUCUCCAAUCUGACCAUGAAUCUGUCACAUACUUUAGUCAAAAUACCUGUGACCAGGAUGAUACUAGCAGUAAAAACAUCAUGGAUGUCUCACCUGGACUUUUCACUAUAAGAUUUGAAGAGACCAAGUUUCAAUCAAAUUCCCCAUUCCGUGUCACAUUAAUUGGAGACUCCAAAGACAUAAAGCUUGAAGAAAUAAAGAAUGGCACCAACUCUACAGACAGCUCAGGGGACGAGACAAAGUACAGCUGUUUGCUGCUAGAUCACAUCCCACACAAUAACCAGGCUGUUGUCAGCAAAGACUGUAUUGAAAAAGGAAAUGGCAACCCUCUUGGAAUAUGUAAUGGAAGCACCUAUUACAUCACUAUUAUGAUACCAGAUUUGAAUUGUGAAAACUGCCAGCUGAUGUUACAGCAGAUAAUCACACCUCAAGAAAACAAAUUGUGUGAUUUGACACAGAGAAAUGACACUGGCAAUGCUACUGACUGCAUUGCAGUUUCUAGUUGUGCUAAUAUUAGAAUUAGGCCAACUGCUGAUGGUGUUAACAGGAAUCUGAGCUACUGUUCUAAUUAUUUAGACAACAUACCAGGUGACUGGCCCUACAGACCACAGUAUUUAUACAAGACUGAUGAGGGUGCAAAACUAGUAUAUGAUGUUCUUCACAAGAAGUUGCAUAUACAUAUUCCUGAUGCCUUGAAACUAGGACCCGUAGAAAGGGUAGAGAUAAGAAAAAAUAUCAGCAUCAUAUGGAAUGUCACAAUCACAGAGAAACAGAAAAUUUCAAAUUCCUUCUCAGUCACAUGGGAAGAGCUCAGUACAUUUGAAGUGGAAGAAUUAUCUAGGGAUCAACUUGUGCUGAACAUUGUUGGAUCUGACAAAUCUCUCGCAGGUGAUAUAAUCCACUCAGGGGAACUCUUCACUGGAGGUAAAAUUGGUGCUUUACACGAUGAGUACAGCAAGAGUGGUUGGUUGGUGGCCAGCAAGUUUUUAGGCCCCCAGGCAGAAGAUCCCAUAGCCUCAAUACCUGCUGGACCUUGUGUGCCCAAAUCCAGUUUCUACACGGCUUAUCUACAGUCAGUUCAUGUGACAGCUCACGGCAUCCUGGGUAUGACAGUGCUAGAAAACAGGGCAUACAUCACAGCUGUCCUGCAUGUUGAGAGGGAACAGAUAGAGACCAUAGUCAUCAGUGGACCAGCACUUGUAGGUAUUCCUCCCAUAGAGAUAGAUGUGCCACCCAGUUUUACAGGGAUAUUACAUGCUGCUGUGGAUAUAACCAAACAGCUGCCUUACAUCAACACAGUAAAGUUUCUGAAAACUGUCAGUGUGAAGACAGAUAAAGAAAAAAAUGUUUUGGAGGGUGACUUGGAAGAAGGGAUGUAUGCUGUACUCAGGGAUCAGAGAGGUCGUGUUCGUGGCUUGACUGAGAUUCAGAUCACCCAAGGACAGUGGCUAAGAGUAGAUGUUGUUCUGAAUGAUCUGGCCCCAAGCCUCCAGUCCGCUCAUCUUGUUGGUCCCAGUGGUAAUGUUUUAGUGGACUUGAGCAAGGAAACAAUCCACUGUACACAGCUGUUCUGUUGUAUAGAGGCCAUGCUGUACCAUGAGUUGAGUAGUGAGGUUCUACUUCACCUACUGAAAGGACAAGCUGCCAUCAGGGUGACCUCAGAGGGUGGUAAUGUCACUGGAAAUGUUGUUGGUUCACUGCUGCAGUACUGUGGGAUGGUGGAAGGAAAGUGUGAAGACACAAGGAAUAAGUUCUCCUUGAAUGGGAUAGGAGUUGAUCAGCUGGUGAUAGGGAAUGGACCAGGCAGGGAGUGGCACCAGAUGGAAACUUUCAUCUUGGACAGGGCCAAUGUGUUCCAGUAUUGUGUGCAGGUAGACAACAGGUACUGGAGUGGCAUGAACUACAGCCUGGAACUGGACAGUGGAGGGAAGGUGGAUACAGUUCCCUUCACACCUGUGGCCUCACUCAGUCACUCAUUCAUUGCAUGUAAUCAAAUCCCAUUGAAUGACCAACGACUUGCAUCAGACUCUGUGUCCAUAAUAGUAAAUGGUGACACCAACAUCAACAAGGGCUUACCACCUGUAUAUAGAGGAAAUUGCAUCAAAAGCAAGACACAUAACAUGGGCAGUGACCAGUACAACUGGUCAGCGGAUUCAGAAACGUACCAAGACAUCUACGCUGUUGUUUCAGACAACCUGAAGAUAUAUUUGGGAGAGAAUUCAACCUUCUAUAGAAUGUCAUCAGAGAGUGACUAUCAAAACUGCAAGUUCAGCAAGGCCAAGAAGCUGGAACUACAAGACUCAGAUAAAGGGAUCUACUACCAGACAUUCACACAACCUGGCAAGCUGUACAUAGCAGAUAUCAACACAUGCAACACAUCCAGCCCUCAUAAGUUUACAAUACAUGUAGCGGAGAAAACCAGCAUGGAGGAUGACAACCGCCAUGACGAGUGGUGCAGGAAGUCAAUGUACACAGUUUGGCGCCAGGGUCAGUUGAAAACCUGGCAUGAACCAGAGGUGUCUGGCCCAAUUCUCAUUGGUCUAUUGUGUCCCAGCUCAGACAAAUCAUGA